CCUAUAUCCCACUCUGGAUAAUUUCCAGCAAUUUAUUCUCCCUUUUGUAUUAUAACCAUAUGAGUAGACUUUUUCCAGAUGGGUUACUAGUAUGAAUGAUUUCUUACUUCUUGACCAUGUAUCAGAUUCUCAAGGUUCAGGAAGUGAAUGGUCAAGUACAAUCUCGUCUUCGGUUUCUGUCGUAAAGACGAAAACUAGCAUUUCCAAAAACAAUCAUGAAUUUGGGGCUUCUGAAAAUAACGUGAAGGCCCUGAACAGUUUUUCAUUAUCUUCCAACAGUUCUGUUGCUUCCUUACCAAAUCCCAUAUAUGAUAGUCUUACGCGAAAUAACUCUUAUAAAAAUGUUGGGGCUACUGAAAAUCAAAAUGAUGUACAAGCUAUACAGAGCAAUGAGGAAGUUGGUUCACCAAAAGCUUCUACUUCGAGACGUGAAUUCCGUCCCCGACGUCCUGAACAAACAAUGCCUUACACGUAUGAUUUUUUAAGGCAUAAAUUAGAGUUUAAGAAAAUGGGUUUAGCUCCGAUUUCUGUUCCUCAUGGCGUCGAGCAUACAACAGAACAACGAUCAGUAGCCCACAGACCAGUCAAUGUCAUAGUGAGGAGAAACAUGAAGGAUAAAGAAACCCCGGUAAACGAUACAAGAAAAACGGAAAAAAGUCCUAACAGAUUAAGGAAGCGGCAUGGUAUAGUUUUGUCCGACAGUGAUGAUGAGCCUUCAAACGUCCAUCGUCCCCAGACCUCAAAGUCUAAUGACAGUAUCGUGGACGCCAGCGAAGCAUCUCAUAUUUCAGAUGUAAUUGAAUCGCAUGUGUCUGAUCAAGAUGACGAUUCAGGUGGAGAAUCAUCGUCCUCUUACUCUUCUAUGAAUUCUAGUACUAAAUUGUCACCAUCGCUUAAUGUCUUCAAGAAAAGAUUGAAAGGCGUUCUGCCUCCGUCUUUUCUCACAUUACAGGGAAAAAGGAAGUUAGAUAAAGAAAAUGCAAACUUGAGAAGUAAUGAUGUUCAUAAAAGAAAUAUAGAUUCGGUUGAUGUAAAAAAAAAGGGAAUCGUUAGACGGAAAUUGAAUCAGAACAGGAAAAAAAGCUUCUCUAUUGGAAAUUCUAAUGAUCAUGAAGACUACUAUGAACAUAGUCCUCCUUCUUUGUCUCCCGAAGUUUCACAUUUUGAUAAGGAAGCUUUCACAAACUCUCUUCAUAAGCAAAGCAAAUCGGAAUAUCAAGAUGACACUGAUCGUUCUUGGUUUGCAAAUACUUCCAGCAUUCCAACCUUUCGUUCAGCUAGCUUCCCUCAAAAUCAAAAGGAAGUGUUGGAAAAGUCCAAUACUUUUGCUUCUCAGGUUCCUCGAAACUUUUCUAGGAAAAGGAAAAGAAAAAAUAAACGUAAUUAUGUUGAUUUGGGCUUAUUAGCAACACAUACUCAUAACGCGACGGGGAAACCGGCGCCAAAGUUUCUACGUAUAUUUUCUCGAGCAGCAUCAAAAAUACCAAAGAAAGAAUCAAGACUUUCCCAAAGAAAUAGCAGCAAGUAUUUUUUAUUUGAUUCGUUGUCUGACCAAAAUGAAAUUGAACAAGUGAUGGAUAAAUGGCAUCGGGGUGAACAUUUGAUGGUUAAGGAUACUUUUACGAAAAUGCCAAAAACUAUGUACAAAAAAGGUUUUCGACAAAAUAUUGAUCCAUCAAGAAGCUUAAGCACUAAAACCGACAAUGUUAAGUUGCCGACUGAAAAGUUUUCGAAAUUCGAUUCAUCAUUAAGAAAGCAAAGGGAAAAUCCACAAAAAAGAGAAAAGUUUCUAUCUUUGUUUUCUUAUCCUAAGACUCAGAGACAGAGGAAGCAGCAUUCGUAUACUUUCUCUCAAAGUUCACUGGAUAAGCUUUUCGUUGAUAAACCUGAAAAUUCCUUAGAAGAGGAUGAUAGUGCUUUUAAGGACUACAGUAAUUUGGACUCUAAUCGCUUGCUUAGUCCUAGCCAAAAUGACUUGAAAACUGUGCCCUCCAUUUUCAAUAAAUUACCGAGAAAACAAAAGGCAAACAGAAUCCUUCGUAAUGAUUACGGUCAAUUAAUUUUCUCUUCAAAGGAUUCUGAUAGUCUGUCUAACAUAGAGCAUUUUUUUAAGGUUGGCUCGUUUUCUGUUACCUUCAAUGUGGUUCCCUUUAAAUCUGGUAUUAAUUUACCGGAAGGAAGCUUUCUUCGGAAUGGGUAUUUAGAAAAUAUUGUAAAUAGGGAAACAAAUUAUACUACCAGUAUUUAUGCUUUUUCUCGUCAUUUCAACAUUUCCGACGAAAUAUCCAAGACAAAGCAUAAAUUAGAAGAAGCUUUUGAGUUAAUAGUCGAUCUAUUUCCGGAAUUCAAUGAAAACUGUGCUAAUGAUGUGUAUAUACUCUUUGCUUUCUGCUCUAGUUAUUUGCUCAGGUUGCAGUUAUCAGAUCAGAAAAACUGUACGAGCCAAAGUUCCUCUUUUUUGGAAAUGUUUACCAAGUUCUUUGAUCGAUGUAUGUCGACUAUUUCUAUGAGAGAAAAUCAAUUUAUCUUCAAGUUGAACAUUCUUUUUUUAAUGUUUCAAUUUAUAUACUGCGCACAAUACGAGAUUAUAAGUUCUUCAUCUAGAAAUUUGAUUCGGUUGGCAAGAGAACUGAUAAACAAGCUGCUUAGUUACGGACAGUCUGAUUUACUAGAAUGCUACCGUUGUCUAAGGUCUUCGACUGAGCCAAGAUACCCGUUUUCGGUGAUUACCUUGGAAACAUGGAUUGUCCUGAAUAAACUUUUGAUUAUCUGUACUGGAAAAUAUGAAAGCUUAUGGGAGCAGGUUGAUAGUUUUUUGAGCUUAAAUGGUCCCGAUCUAUCAACUUUAGAAAUGGAAAAAAUUUGGUAUAUCAUUAUCACCGUAUCUCCAGUGUUUCAAUUUAAUGACCUUGGUAUCACUGGAAGACCAAUCAGCCAGAGUUAUUGGCCUCUAGUACUAAAAACUUGUCGAAGUACGUUUGAAAGACAGAAGAAGGGCAUUGAUCUUAAAGUCACAGAGCGCUAUUUACGGGUUUUAUUAUUACGAAUUAACCUUUUGAUUUCCGAUUGGUUUUGGUCAGAGGUAACAUCUGUUUUAACUGCUAUUUUUGACUUUUUUAGUCAUCGUAAAUUUACCGACCUUUCUUGUGAAUCAUCUGAAUAUGUAGCUUCAGAUUUUCCUGAUUUUAUUAAAUCAUUGGACAGGUCUCCUGAUUUGCACAUAAGUGCUCUUGAUACCUGUUUUGUCAUUUUUCUCAAAACAGUAAUUAUUUCAAUUCAAAGACUGAAAUGCGACUCUAAUAAUACACCAAUCAUUCGUCGAAUGGUAGCGAGACUUCAACCGCUUCAUGCUCGACAAUAUAAAAGAGAAAUUCCUUUUUCCAUUAAAGACUAUAUGUCUCUUGAGCAUACUCAUACUCUAUUAAUAUCUUUGUUUUGGGUUGCUCCCGAAAACUGCAAGCCAAGCAUAAAUAGGAUACGCGACAAUGUCAUAUUUGAAGGUUCACAUCUCAAAGCACGCUUAAUCAGUUUGAAAGCUUGGCAGUAUUUGAUGAGGUAUAUCUUAUUACAUGGAUCGGAUGUUCAGUUAGAUGCUUGUAUGUAUUGGCUUGAUUCAUUAAUGGAAGUCACUCUGAAUGAAUAUUUAUCUUUGAUACUUUCCGACCAAAGUCUCGAUGAGAUUGAGCUUAUCGCUUAUUCCCAAGGUCAACUGGAGAAUUUUUUAUUAGUGGCCUUUUACUCGCUUCAAGCUUUAGUCCCAAAUCAUACGACCUACGUUCGAAGAAUAAAUUGUCUACUGACCGUUCACUCUAGUCAAUUCAUAUUUCAAAAUUCGUCGAGCUUACCCUCAAGGGUUAUACUUGAAUGUACUUAUUUUUUGAAGAAGUUUCUUACCUAUCACUCUAUUUGUCAAAUACCUCAUGAUAAAACAGUAACUAGCGUCGUCUUUACUGAUAGUCAAGAUGCUUACUUUGAGAACGAUUACAUUGACGAUACAGAGUUAAUGAUCGAGCAAGAAAAAUUUGAACGCAUCUGUGAACUGGCUAAAUUGUUAAGGAAGCAUGUAUCUCCUUAUCUAUAUCAAACUAUAUCUACAUUAGUAGGAAGCGAUGAAAGUGAAUAUAAAUUUUUUCGUCCAGUAUUAAUUCCUUUAAUCGAAUGCAUGGCGCUUUGCGCUAGCUUUGCGGUUGAAGCUAAGAUUAAUGAUUGGAGUUAUUAUGUGGAUUUUGGUUCCGAAUCCUGGGAACGGAUUCGCAAUACACGGUUGAAGCGGUCAUUAAGUAGUCAAUUUUAUUCUAUCCUAAUAGAAACAAACGUUUCUUUUUUGGUUGAUCAACGAGAAAAAGUUAUGACUGUUUGGUUCGAAUCACUAGGUGCUUUAAAUGGUACAUAUGCUGCUUCCUUUACCUUACUUCUUUUGGAAAAAGAUAAGAAUAACCCUUUACUAUUCAACUUACCAAUUAUACUGGACAAUCAAGAGGAGUUUUUGCGUCAAUUUAAGUCAAUUCAGUUAAGCUUGAUUUCCAGUGUUCUUGGGAAUAUGGCAAAAGUUUACGACGAUGUUAAGAAUAACCAUAUGGAACGUCUGCAGUACUAUCAAAUACUUUUUCUUCAAUACCUAAGUUCAUUAUUAGCAUCUAUGCAAAACAGUUAUGAAAGUCUUGUUUAUUCAAAUGAUGAUCAUUCCAUAUUUAUUUCAUCCGCCCAGCGGGUUGUGGGCGACAUUCUUCAAUAUUGCAGUCCCUUUGCUAAUGAAAAGAAUUUGGCAGGACUUCGUUAUUUUAUGGAUUCUGCAAGAUUUCCUCAACCACCGGAGCGUUUAGAGUACGCUGCAUUUCGAUUACGCAGUUAUGCCCGUAAAAAUUUGGCAUCAAAUUCUUCUCGAAGUGCUUUAUUUGGUUUUCUGAAAGCGAAUUUUGAUAUUGCUUUAUUAGAGCAAAAGCAGAAAGAUAUAACGAAUCUGUUAACUCUUGCUAUGGGAAGUUACAGUCAAGAUGUUAAUGAUUAUUGGGAUUUCGAAGUCUCCGCAUUGCGAAGAUUUUGCUUAAAAGAACUUUUAUUGAAUUACUUAAGUGACAAAUCUUUAGUAGCAUCAUUCUAUUCUUCUUUACUGCUUGAUUGCUUAACCCAUGUUUAUAACAGCUUUCAAUAUAUUUAUCUAAGAGAAGAACACCAAAUCAAGAUUUGCGAAGAAGUCUAUACAUCUAUGUCGGUGUUGGAAAAUCUUGCCCUAUUGUACUCUUCUUCGAACCCUGUUAUUGUUGGUAAAAUCUAUCUUCUUUUUUCGGCUAUAGCGAAGUUUACAUUAGUAAACACAGAAAACCGCCUCGUCUUGGAUCUUCAAAACUAUUUGGGAAAAAUAAGCCGCGAGUUUUUGUUGGAGCUUUGUUGGAUAUUACAAGGUCAGGAAUACCCGCCGCCUUUUUGUCAAGAAGUUUCUCCACAAUCUAAGCUUUUUAGUGCGAUUGAGCAACAUUGUACUGCUGAUUGGUAUGAAAAUUUUGAUAACAUCGUUCACAAAGUCAGAAAGACCAAGCUUCAUUUACUGCCUGUUGUCGAACAGGAAUAUACGAAGUGGAACGGUUUAAUAGAGCUUUUCGUUCAGAUAUGGAAAAGGAAACGAGAUAUUUUGGAACCAGAACUAGAAACCUUUUUUAAAACUGUGCGUUUACAUCAUAAUUCUCUGUCAAGUUUACCUUUCCAGGUAAAUGAUAUUCUUGCCAGAAUAGACCAUCUUUGGAUUGUUGAGGAUAACGACUUGCAUGACAUGUAUAUAUAGAUUAAUUUAUCACUACGUUUAGAGCAUUUCAUAAUUAUUUAUUAGAAAUAGGGUCUCUUUCUUGUUAUUUUACUUUAAUAAAGGAUGUACUGCUACGGCUGUAUAUAUUCAAAACUAAAAAACAAACUCUUAUUUAUUUG